CAAGUCAUGUCAACACCCAAUGUCUCAGGUUCCCACCCUGCAUUCUUCAUCUUGGUGGGGAUACCUGGGAUGGAGAAGUCUCACACCUGGAUCUCCAUCCCAGUCUGCAUGAUGUACUCUGCUGCCCUGCUUGGGAACUCGGUCCUGCUGCUCACCAUCGUGAAGGAGCACAGCCUCCAUGAGCCCAUGUACAUCUUCCUGUGCAUGCUGGCAGUGUGCGACCUGCUGUUGUCCACUGCCACCGUGCCCAAAACCCUCAGCAUCCUCUGGUCUCUGUCCACCCAAAUCUCUUUCAGUGGCUGCCUGGCACAGAUGUUCUCCAUCUAUUUCGUUUUUGUGGCAGAGUCGGCUGUUUUACUGGCGAUGGCCUUUGAUCGGUACAUCGCCAUUUGUGACCCCCUCCGAUACAUGACCAUCCUGACGCGCUCUGUUGUGGGGAAGGUUGGUGUGGUGGCUUUAAUCAGGAGUUUCUGCAUCAUGUUUCCCCCCAUCUUCCUCCUCAAGCGGCUGCCCUACUGCGGGCACAACGUCAUGCCCCACACCUACUGCGAGCACAUCGGCGUGGCCCGCCUGGCCUGUGCCGACAUCUCUGUCAACAUCUGGUACGGGGUAGCUGCUGGCUUCCUUUCAGCUGGCUUGGACGCCAUCUUGAUCAUCGUCUCCUAUGCGCUGAUCUUCAGGUGUCUCUGGGGGCUGCCAUCCCCACGUGCCUCCCCCAAGGCUCUGCACACCUGCGGCUCCCACCUCUGCGUCAUCGCCAUGUUUUACACACCGGCCUUCUUCUCCUUCCUAGCGCACCGGUUUGGCCAACGCGUUCCUCAACAUGUCCUCAUCUCCUUGGCCAACCUCUACGUUGUGGUGCCGCCCAUGCUCAACCCCAUCAUCUACGGGGUGAGAACAAGGCAGAUCUGGGAGCACGUGGCUCACCUGCUCAGGCUGGGGGGCUUAGGCAGCAGGGCAUAG